AUGGAUGACAUUGAAGAUAAGGCGUCGUUGGAGGGGUCAUCCGACCAGGAAUCCGAUGUUCAGAAGAGAAAACGCGCGAAUUCUCCAGAGCCGGAUCUCCCAGGCGAAGAUGUCGAGGAGGAAACCAAAAAUAAGAAGCAGGUAAAACUCUCAAAAUCCCUGCUUGCAAAGGAGAAUUACCUGGACACAAUGGCUGAAGAAUCAGACGAUUCCGCGGACGACAACGAGGAGAGUGAAGAGUCGGAGGACGACGAACUCGACGGUGGCAUGUCAUCUGAGAUCCCAGAGGAAAUGAGAGACUUUAUCAUCGAUGAAGUUGAGGAAGAGGAAGAAGUCAACCCUCCAGAUGACGCCUCCGACGUUGAAUACGAGCCAAACAAACUGGAUGAAGAGGAUCUCGAACUCAUUGCUGAAAAUACCGGUGCCAACUGGAAGAAGGAUGAAGAUGACGACGAUUAUACCAGCAAGAACUUGCGCCGUUUGAAAAAGGGAGCUAGGCAAGGAAAAGUUCACUCUGACUAUGAUGACUCGUGGUUUGAGGAAGAUGAAACAGCAAGCAGAGCCUUUGAACUCAGCGAUGUUUGGGCCACUGUAGCGGAGUGUUUUGGCGAAGUUGAUUUGGUCGUUCAGAUCCUCAAGAACGAGCGUGUUGUGCAAGCUGCAGAAGAAGCUGUGGAAUCUGACUAUGAAAUUGAGCAGGAGGAACAGCAACAGCAACCCAAACCAGAGGAGCCAACUCUUGAGAAUUAUGCAGAUCCAGAUGAACUUGCCAGGGAGUAUUUGACCAAGGAGGAUGAUGAGAUUCGUGCUGUAGAUCAACCUGAACGUUUGUUUAUAAGGUACAAGGAUAGACCAAGGUCUACAGACCAUCGAGAAAUACAGAAUGAGGCAACUUGGAUGACAAAGCGUCUUUUAUCCGAAUUUAGCGCAGAUUUAUCCAAGGAUCGCAUCAAGAAAGCAUAUGAAAGCGUUUUCAAAGACACAUUUCCUACUCAGGAGCAGCCACCCUUUCAGGAUACCAAGGAAAAAUGCGAAAUGGUACUCAACUGGUUGCUCAAUGAAAGAUGGGAAGUUCCAUUCAUACUUUAUCACAAACGUCAUCUAGUCUGUCCACCCCUCACUGAUGCAAUCGUCUGGAGAAUCUACCAGUUGGAUUCAGAGUGGGUUAGACUAAGCAGCUUAUCUUCAGAGAUACAAAAGAAUAUUGAGCUUAUUGGACACGAGAAAUUACCUAGUGAUGUACUAUACUACUCGAUAAACUUUGAUACUAUUGAGGAUUUGAUUGACGUCUCGAACCACCUACUAUUUCAUUUCCAUACACAACUUAAUCCACCAAAAGUUGCAACCGUGGAACCUGUACAAAAGGAGCAAGAAGUUGAAGAAGAUGAUUUCGAGCCCACUUUUGAGGUUGAGGACGAUAUUUUUGGAGAUUUUGAAGUUCUUGAGGAACCAACACAUGGUUCUAGCCCCAAAUAUACACCUAUAAACUCCCCUCUUUCUCCAGAUGCCGUUUCAGAAGUACAAGCAGCUUUACAAGACUUUCCCAUUCAUAGAGCUAGCCCAGAUUCCCCGUCAAGUGAACCAGUGUCAGGUUUGGACGCACAAGAUGAGCAAGAACAACUGGAUGCUGCAACCCCAAUGGAUAUAGAAAAUGAGGAGCCUAUGGAGGUAGACGAACCUGCCCCCGCUCAUGAUUCACCUGUAAAACAUUCUCAAGAGGAUCUUGGACUAGGUGAAAUGGAUGACGCAGAACUUCAAGAUAUGGAAUAUGACGAUGAUCCAUUAUAUAAUGCUGAUGCAGUACAAUCAGAAUCCCAAGGAAAUGUAGUUGCAAGUCAGUUUACAAUCCAAAAAACUACAGGGUUCAGACGCAGAGAUACGGCAAUACAUCUAAUUGGAUCUUGUGAACAGUAUGGAUUGCAUGAAAUAUGGAAUGAUUAUAUUGCUAGUGCCGAUCAGUUAUAUGCGGUACUUGAAAAAUCUCUAGUCCAUGGAUCAUCCGAUCUUAGGAUAAAGAUGUCAGAUGUAAGGGAAACUUGGAACUUGUUAGGUGCCACCGGAAGUUUGGAAACUCAAGUGGCAAUAGAGGGAAACGAAGAACAGCAGAUUGAAGAUAUAUGUUCACAAUACUGCACAGGUCCAUAUACAACAGGAAAACGUGUAUAUAAGGCAUUGGUAGAUUACCAUGCAAAAAAAUUGGCAAAUCACAUAUCCAUAAGACGUCUACUCCGUGAUUAUUAUCGCAAUUAUUGCAGUAUUACCUGUACCACCACACCCAAGGGAGAGGCUGAUGUAGAUGUUGCUGAAUCAUCUUGGUUUUGCAAACGUCUUUAUCGCUUCCCAUUCAGGAAAUUAAACAUGCAUUCACAAAUGCACUAUGACUACCCUAGAAAUUUUAAAGAGAGAAGGGAUCGUCUGAGAUUCUUGGAGGACAAGAGGGAAGACUCAAAACUAGUUGAGCUUUAUUUGCAUCUUUUGAAUCUGGAAAAUGAUGGUAUGAUAAAAAUCACUAUUCACCCAUUAAACGCAGCUGAAACUGCGCCUUGGAAGGAUGAUGCAUUCCACCAAAGAUUUGGUGAAUGGUACGAACGUUAUAAACAAUUGACUUACGCAGCCAAGCAACUCGUUAAUGAUACAUAUAGAGAACAAUUGGAGCACCAAAAAUCCAUCCUUGAAAGAGAAGAACUUAUGCUCACUGAAGCUGAGGAUAAGGAUAGACACUGGAGAAGAAACUUGUUGGAUCAGCUUGCCUUUGCUUAUUGCCCAAACAACAUUUCUAGCCACAGUAUAUGGAAAUAUGUACAUCGUGCAAUUCUUGACCGUUUAGUAAAUGUAGAGCUCAUACCAAAGUUUAGAAAAGAGAUUCGCGAACUAUUGCUCAAGAAAGCACAGGCGUCUGUAAUACUACACUCCCAGCGUAUGUUACAAUACAAGUUGGAUGUUGCGCCGAAUUUUAAUGAUACUGUAUUGGCAUUGGUAAACGAUUCUGCCAGCGAUGGAUUACGGGUGCACGCCUGUCUAGUGAACAACUUUGGCGAAUCAAAGGCUAGCAUCGUUCUAGAUAGUCUUUUGUCGCUUGCCAUCAACACAAAAUUGUCUGGUUACACAAGCUUGCCAAAUUUCCAGCAAGUUAUGUCUGAUGUAGACAUUUUAACUUCUACCAUAAAGGCACACAGACCAUCUGUUAUUCUGGUUGGGUUAACAAACAUUUAUUCUCUUGACCUUUACUCUAGAGUUGAAAAAUACCUACUUCCAAAGCUUGACACGGAUAUAUCACUUAAAAGAGCAUCUUGUGAAGUCCCUAGACUCGUUUCUACAAGCACAAGAGGUGGUGAUAAGGAGGAUCAAAUGGCAUUAUCUCUUGCUCGUUGGUAUAUUGAUCCACUCGCUGAAACUUUGAAUCUGUGGAAAGUAUACGAUGAAAAUGUUCUACUUAGACUAAAGUUGCACCCAUUGCAAUACAUGAUCCCGCAGGAGAGAUUUCAGUCAGCUCUGGAAUCUACUAUUGUUUCUGUUGUUUGUGACGCGGGUGUUGAUAUCAAUAGGGUGAAAAAAUGUCCUCAUACUGAAUCGCAAUUACAAUUUAUAGCUGGCUUGGGACCGCGCAAAAGCUUAGAGCUCACAAGAAUGCUAAAGUUUUCAACAAUUUCUAAUCGAAGUCAAAUAAAGUUGAGCCAUUUACAAGGAAAGGAUGAUAUUAUCGGUAGUGUGGUAUUCCUAAAUUGUGCCUCCUUUAUCAAAAUUAGCCAAUCAGAAGCUACAGAUUCCCUUGACACCACUCGUAUCCAUCCUAUAGAAUGUGGUUUCAUUGCAGAGAAAUUAUGUAAUGGAUCUCUGGAUGAUGAACUGAGCGGUGAGGAGGCCGUGCAGGAGAUUUUGGCUAAUCCAACAAAACUUGAUGAGCUUGACUUGGAAGCAUAUUCACUUUUGUUGUUCGAGCGACAAGAUAUGCCUAGAAUGCUUCCUUAUCUUUUAUUUAUCAAGGAUGAACUCCAAAGCCCAUUUUAUGAUUUUAGAUUACCAUUUACGCAGCCUUCAAGUUCUGAAACAUUUUAUGAGGUUCUUCAACUUGAUAGAGCUGCCUUGAGGUCAGGAUCGCAUGUGCUGUGUCGUUUUGACGACUUGUUUGAUAAAUUUGCAAAAGCAACGGUUCUUCCAUAUCAGCUUCGCGCUCACAUUUCGGAUUAUUAUCAAUUCAAAACUGAUGUACACAGGUCUUCUAGGGAAUAUAAUAGAAACAUCAAUCUUAAAGGCGAAACGUUUAGCGCACGUGUUGUAAAACUUGACUAUGAUCCUAUUAUAGAGAAUGGAAGAAGUACAUAUAGAAUUGAGAUUAGUCUCACAGCGUACCAGAGAAAGUAUAUUCUAACAAGAUUCCUGGCUGAUUUGGAGGAUGAGCACAUUGAUGAAUAUUUAUCACCCCUAGUAAAGUUCGAUGUAAACUAUUCUAAAAAACCGCUCUUUACCGAAUUUGCCGAAAAGAAAAAGAUUCAGUAUAGACGUGCAAUAAGACAUCCUUGUUAUCGCAUGUGGCCUCUUCACAAGACAGUUUCAUUUCUCAAACAAGCUGAGAUUCCUGUUGGUGAAUGUUGCAUAUGUCCAAUGAGCGAAUGGGAUCGCCUAAAUUUGGUCAUAAAGACAUGUGUAGACCCCUUUAACUUUGCAACAUUUGUGAUUCAUGAGAAAAACCAAAGGAUACCAGGGGAGCUUGGAAAGGAACUCUACAUACAAAAGGAGAAAUUCAAUAACCUCGACCAAAUUAUAGCGCAAUUUUGCGAAACCCUCAAGUUAAACCUUGAGGAAUUUUAUACACAUCCAAAAUAUAGGCAAACCUCAGACUAUAGCAAGGUGGAGCGCGACCUCAUACAGGAGAGCGCAUUGAAGCCAGAUAGUAUCACAUGGGCUAUUAUACCACCAAACCCCAAGAGAAAGACAUCAUCUGAUGGUGUUAACAACCCUCUGCGUUUUACCCUCAUGGUUAUUCCUCCAGGGUUUUCAAUGAUUUCGCAAGAUUUCAGGAGCCUUCAGGACCCAAUCUACGUUGAUCACAAAUGUUUUAGAUUGUGGACUCACUCUGAGAAGUCUCUUCGUGAUUUGAUUGCAUGGUGGAAGGAGUAUGGGUACUGGCAUAGGAACUCUGAGCGCCAAAAGUAUAUUGACGAAAAGCGUAGAUUAAUGGAUCAAUAUGCCAGACAACAACACCACUACAACGACUCGCACAUGCAAUUUUAA